UCCGAAUGACAAACGUCAAAAUGUCAUCGUACAGCCAGCCCGGAGCCAAACGACAGAAACUAAGGACUGAGCAUGUCGAUUACUUUCAAGCUAUAGACAAAAUACAGUAUAACAAUAUGGCGGCUGCGUCUGACACUGCAAGCUACAGAUACUACAACAGCGCGGAGAGAAUACAUUCCAAAACCAUGGAGGAGUGGCUUAAAUACAGCGUGUCCUUUUCUGAAUUUAGAAAUAACGGGUCGGAUGCGCACGGUCGGCCGACACUCUCCCGCCAGUGGGACGACAACACGGAUUCCGUUGAAAACCACAAACGAUGCGUGAAGGCCCUAUUCGAUUUCUGCGUUAAAACCGGCAUUAAAUACUGGACGGCUUUCGAUUCAGAUUUGAUACCACACUCUGAUAAUAUUGAAGAAAACAAAACGUAUUUUGAUGAAAUGGUGGAAUGUGUGCAGGAAUGUUCGCAGAGGAGUCAUGUCAAGUUAUUAUGGAUAGCUCCUGAUUUGCACUCGCAUCCCAGAUACACGUCAGGCGCCUUCACUAGCAAUGACGCGGCAACAUUCGCACACGCAGCGACGCAGAUAAAGCGAUGUCUAGAAAUGUCACAGCGUAUGAACGCGGAGUGCUUCUUGCUAUGGCCUUACAGGGAGGGUUAUGACAAUGUGUACCACGCCGACGUGGGUAGAGAGAUUAAAUUGUUCGCGAAACUCAUGAAAAUCACAGCCGAGUAUAAAGAUAGAUUGAAUUACAGAUGUCAACUAUUAAUGAUGCCGUAUUACAAUUCUAAUAUGCACACAAACGACGGCUGUACGUACCACAGCUGGCAACACAGACAAUGGCGCGAAACCGAAAUGAUAAAUAUGUACAUGUGGGAUGUGACCAGCUGUUUGUAUUUCCUAAAACAUUACAAUUUAGAUCGUUAUUACAAAGUUUGUUCGCCGCCCGGACACCACAUGUACAUGGCUAAUGUAUACAACAUGCUAGGAGGGGUGUUUGUUACGAAUGCGGUCGAUCAGUGCGAUAGCAGGCGGCUCACACUCAUGAUGAAGUUGAUUGUCGAACAGGGCACGCCGCUUCCCGGAGGUAUCAACCUGAAGCUGUCGCCCCGCCGGGACGGCGACCUACGGGACUACGUCACGACAUACGUUAAAUACGUCGAUGCCAUGGCGAGGGCUCUACGAUUCGCUUGCAGUUUGAUUUCUGAACAGAUACUGUCGAAACAUUUGCAGCAACGGUACACGUCGUACUACAGCGGUUUCGGUUCCCGGCUCGUGAGCAGCGACGUCUCCAUGGAGGAGUGUGAGGAAUAUCUGAAUUCGAAUGUUCCAGGAAGAGCCAGGGGUCCCGGGGGGAUGCGCCGCCCUCCCAGGGCGAACACUUGGAGCUGACGCUACAGCGGUACCUGGAUACUUGCGACCGAAUCUGAUGAAGACUGGGAACUAAACCAAUUUUUUGUUUUAUAAAGACCCAUCAUCCGUAAUAAACGAUUUGUGAAUGUUUCGGUAAAUCUUUAGUAUUUCAUCAUUUUGUAAUGAUAGACGUAAUGUUUUGUGAAUUGAUACUUCUAAAAACUAGUAAAUAUCUUUUGUGUUUUUCCCUUCCUAACCGCUGCUAGUCUAAGAUACUAUUCCAACUACUCACGGACGGGUAGAUGAGCUCACGGGCUCAACCUGAGAGCAUUGCUACUGGCCUUAGCGAGAGCGGAAUUUACCACCGGAUUGGAAUGGUGAUUGUCUGAGAAGAUCCAGCGAGAAACUCAGUGUGUUCUCUUUUGUCAUUAUUGGUUAAUUUCUUCGAUUCGCGUGUCGUUCAGCCAACAACAACGUGCUUGUGAAACUUGUAGGUUUUCAGCAGACUAAGUAUCAAUUACCAGUUUAAAAAAGUAAUAAACCAAUUCAAAUUUUCAACACAUUUUA